AUGGGCUUCAAUCUUGGAACGGAAGAGCUGUCUAACAAGUCGAGUGAACUUUGGCGGGCGUUACUUGCCGAAUUUGUUGGUAUUUUUAUAUUAAACUUCUUCGCCUGUGCUGCUUGUACUCAUGCGAACGGUGACAAAACGCUGAUCUCACUCGCCUUUGGACUGAGCGUAUUUAUGGUCGUGAUGUCGAUCGGUCACAUCAGCGGUGGUCACAUCAAUCCCGCUGUCACCGCAGGAAUGCUGGUCGCCGGCAAAGUCAGCGUGAUCCGUGCCCUGCUGUACGUCGUCGCGCAAUGUGCCGGCGCCGUUGCGGCCACCACCACGCUCGACGUGCUGAUACCGAAAAGCUACCACAACGGAUUGGGUAACACGGGCCUGAAGGAUGGCGUCACCGAUCUGCAGGGAUUGGGUUUCGAAUUCUUCCUCGGAUUUGUGCUGGUGCUGUGCGUGUUUGGUGUGUGCGAUGACAACAAGCCCGAUUCUCGCUUUGUUGCCCCGCUGGCCAUCGGUCUGACGGUGAGUCUAGGCCAUUUGGGUGUGGUCGAGUAUACCGGUUCGAGCAUGAAUCCGGCCCGCUCCUUCGGUACUGCGUUCGUCACUGAUAGCUGGGCACACCAUUGGAUUUACUGGGCUGGACCAAUUCUUGGAGGUGUUGUAGCGGCAUUGCUUUACACGCAACUGUUUAAAGCACCGACCGUUAGCGAUGCUUCUGAACGGUAUCGAACCACCGCCGACGACAAGGAGAUGCGUCGACUGGAUGGCAAGCACGACAUGGCCUAACAACGGCCAGCGCACAAUAGUUUCCUGCAAG